AUGGUUAAAUGUUGCCCUCAUCUCUUAUCAAACACUUUAUAUUAUCUUUUUAUAUUUUUAGACAAGAAUCAAUGUCUGGACAAUCCAUGUCAAAACGGAGGAACUUUCACACAAAACGACGAAUGUUUCACGUGUUCGUGUACAGAUGGAUUUGUAGGGGCAUACUGUACUGAAGUUCCGGUGGAACUUGCAAAAGGUAAACCUGCCGAACAGUCGUCAACGUAUUUAACAUAUUCGGCCACACUUGCAGUAGAUGGUAACAGAGGUACAAACGUCAUCGCAGGCCUUUGUGCUUCCACGGGAGGGGGAGAUAUAAAUCCUUGGUGGAGGGUGGAUCUGCAGGCUGUCUAUUCCAUCACAUCUGUCAGAAUACUCAAUAGAGGACCGGAUCAGUAUGCAGAUGUGUCAAACCGACUGCGGGAUGUUACCGUCACUGUUGGUCUGACAGAAUCAGAUGUCAACACUCCCUGUGGUGUCUUUGCUGGUCCUGGUACUCUGUCACAGCUGGUCGUCAUCGACUGUCCGUCUGUACCAAAGGGGAGAUUUGUCAAGAUCUCCAAGACAACCGAGUAUCUUACAAUGUGUGAAGUUGAAGUGUUUGGAUUCUCUGGUUGAUAUUAUCAUAACUAAUGUCUUGGCUUUCGCGAUACUGUUUACUGAGGGGUUAAAGUUUUAGUUUUCUGUAACAAUUAAGUGGCAAAUUUUCAAUGUUUUUCAUAAUAUUGAAUUUUUGGAAUGUAUCAUCGCUUAACAUCACUUGCUGAAAUGUGAAAGAAAGUUAUUCAAAUCAGUUCAAAAUAAGAUUUCACAAAAAGUUAUUGAUUGUCAUUGUUUUAUUUCAAUACCAAAAUAUAGACAAAAAGGUUUAGACUGUUAAUGGUCAGGUUACUUUUAGUCAAGUUUUGUACUAUUUGAUAAAAAAAUAGGAUGUAGAAAAAAGUUAAAUUUAAACUUUGAUGUCCCUUUAAAAAUCUUUUUUGAAAAGUAUUUGAUUAUCAAAGAUUAUAUAUUUUACUGUUUCAGAAUCUCCAAAUCUUUGCCUUAUUUUGGACAGUUUGAAAAUAAACAAAUAUUUUGACAUUCAAAGGUUACUAGAAUGAAAAUUACGUAUUUAGCCUAAUUUUUUGAAAGUAAAUAAUAGUACUAUUAUAGUUGAACAAAAUGUACUAUGAGUCGUUUUCUUGUUUCUAAUUGUUGAAUUUCAUCGACCCUGAGUAAACGUUAUCCUUAAAAUAGUUUCUAACAUGAAAUGGCUUAAGACAAUAAAAUUUCAAUGAGCACGUGUUUUUUCAUAUUGACUUUAUUUCUGACAAUUGAUUAGAAGUAAAUUAUUCACAGAA